CACAGCAUGUAAACAUUUCUGCAAAGGAAUUUGUGAUGCCUGUUAAUCAAUGAAUUCUGCAUUACGAGCUGAAAGGGUGGUGAAGAUAAACUACACAUCUACAGUUGAAAAAACGUUAACAAUGAGUGAAAGUUUAAUAAAACGUAGUUCUGUGCGAGUUCUUCGAACAGUAAGAUAAAUGUGUCAGUAAACUUUAUAAGUGGAAAGCAGGUGCGCGAAGAUAUUCUCUCGCUAAGGUCCUAUGCUGGAUAGUAGUUGUUGUUAUAUACCUAUAACAGAUGGUUUUUAUUAUUGGGGGUGAGCACUUUCUUUUAUUGAAAGUACGAGAGAAAGUGUCUUAAAGUGGCGGAAAUUUCGUAUUUAUUUUUGCUGAGGACAGUAAUCAAAAAUUUCAAUAUGGCGGAACCCCAGGGAAAUUCUUCAAAUCAAAUGAACCAAGUUUCACACUAUUGCAGUGGUUUCAGUCCCAAUUUUGAAGUCAAGAAACCUACAUCCAUUGGUGAAAAUACAUACAAAAGCAUUAAUAAAGAUACAGACAGAUGCUUUACUGAGAGUACAGACAGAGCUGAGAAAAGGAGACAGUUGAAACUCAGUUUUGGCUCAUCUGGCGGUGGUUAUGGGAGCGGUUCAAGUUAUCAGCCAUUUGUGUGUCGAACAUCUCAAUCUGGUUCAAAUUCUACAGUUGAUGAGAGGCUCAACUCAAGUCCUGUUCGCUCACGAACAGGAUUUUCUCGCUCUCGACUACCCUUCACCCAAGACCUGAUGCCCGACAAGUCACGGGAGAAAUUCAGAAUGUGUCAAAGUAUCCAGUCCACUGGGAAACUACAAGUGUCACCUACUUUGGUCUACGAUUUCACUUCAGAUGAUCUGCAAGAUCUUGGUGAAAUUGGGAGAGGAGCUUUUGGUACCGUAAAUAAGAUGGUGCAUAGGACAAGUAAUACAGUAAUGGCUGUGAAGAGAAUUCGCUCUACAGUAGAUGAAAAGGAACAAAAACAAUUGCUAAUGGAUCUUGAAGUUGUUAUGAAGUCCAAUGAGUGUCCUUGUAUUGUCCAAUUUUAUGGUGCCCUCUUUAAGGAGGGUGACUGUUGGAUAUGUAUGGAGCUCAUGGACACAUCAUUAGACAAAUUCUACAAAUUUAUUUAUGAGAAAUUAAAUCAAAGGAUACCUGAAUGCAUCUUAGGAAAAAUAACAGUUGCCACUGUAACUGCCUUAAACUAUUUGAAAGAGAAACUGGCAAUCAUACAUCGUGAUGUGAAGCCUAGUAACAUUUUGUUGGACAAACGGGGAAACAUCAAACUUUGUGACUUUGGUAUCUCAGGACAGCUGGUGGACUCAAUUGCACGAACAAGGGAUGCUGGUUGCCGACCAUACAUGGCACCAGAGAGGAUAGAUCCUCACAGAGCACGUGGUUAUGAUGUCCGCUCAGAUGUCUGGUCCUUAGGAAUUACUCUCAUGGAAGUUGCAACAGGUCAUUUUCCAUACCCAAAGUGGAACUCAGUCUUCGAUCAACUUAAUCAAGUUGUGCAAGGCGACCCUCCUCGCCUCUCACCCAAUGAUAAUGGAAAUCAUUUCACAAUGGAAUUUGUAAACUUUGUUAAUACUUGCCUCAUUAAAGAAGAAACACAGCGUCCAAAGUACAGUAAAUUGCUGGAGCAUGAGUUCAUUGUCAGAAGUGAUCAGGAGUCAGUAGAUGUUGCACAUUAUGUGAGCAAUAUCUUGGACAGUAUGGCAAACAAUGGUGCCACUAUGUUCACUAUGAACCAGCCAUGAUGACAAUCAUGUUAUGUUAGUUUAACUUAUGAACUCUGGAAUCCCUGUUGGCUUCCACAUGUCCUUUCCCCCAGAAAACUGGGUUUUGGAAUUGUGGCUUUAUUGAUGGUCCUAUGUCCAGUAUCUGCUAGUGUCAGGAGAGUAUUAUGGAAGUAAACAAAGUGAGACUGGCAUGUGCACUGUGGAUGGAAUUGGAAUAUAUUCCAUACACUUUUAUAUAAAAGGGAAAAAAAAUGUUGGAAUUGGUUUAAGACACCCGUCAUUUUGCUCAUGUAAUUAUGUAUUGGGAUAUCAAGAAUGCCUAUAGUACAAUCACAUUCUGUAUUUUAACAUGUAUUGAUCCUUGCUCAUUUGUAGUGUUUUAAAUGUUGACACCCUAAAUUGUUAAAUCAACUAGUAACUUCAUGUAGCCCAUAAUCUUCUCUAAAGUUACAUAUAGUUUGAGAAGUAGUGCUGUGAAAUCACCUUUUUUAACUUCAGAUUGUUGUACUGAAGAGCAGACACUCAUAUUUUUAUUGCAAUGUGUUUGUAGUGCCAUGGCAGACCAUUUUUAUGUAUAACAGUGUCUCUGGUCCAGCAAUUCCUCUUACCCAAAGAAUGGGUAUUAUAUAAAUUUGUAAAUAUUGAUGUUAGUGGACUAGUGAUUUGCCGUUGUGUGAUAACAAACUAUUGUUUGCAAAAGUAUUUAUUUACAAUUAAUAGUUGAAGGCUGUGCAAUAAUGGAAUUUUCUGUUUCUAGCAAUUUGUGUCUUGCCUCAUCGAAGGUAGACAUAACAAUGAGUCAGAUAUUUUUAAGGAAAUGAAACUAUCUGUUUUAUAAAUGCUAGAAAUUCUGUGAUUUUUCCAUUAAUUUUGUUAUUUUUAUCUUCUAGACAUACAUGUUCAUAUGAGGUAUUCUGCUGUAUUUGUUGAAGAGAUAUGGCCUCGUUUUGUAUUUAUUUAUUUCUCUAUCUUGCUUCCUUAUGGUUCUCAUUGUAUUACUUUGGAAAUGCGUAUCAGCUGUUAGUUUUCAUUCAUUCAGCCAGAAUCUAUAUUUCAAAUUUGGAAAAAAUUCUCAUUUGUCCUGUAUUUGGUUAUCCCUUCUCAGGUUUUUUUAGAAUAAUAAACUAUCACCUGCUGGUCUUAAUUAGAGUUUUUUCCUCCUUAAUACUUAUUGUGACUGCAGUUUGCAGUAGUAGCCUACUUGUGAAAAUGGCAGAAAAAACUUGUCACACGUUCUUCUUGCAAGAGUUAUGGAAUCACUCAGAUGAUUGUUGUAAUUCAGAUGUUAAAUUUAUAUAUAUAUAAAAAGAAAAUGAAAUCAGCAACAGUCCACAAAUUCUUAUGAAAGAGAACUGCACUGUAUAUUAUUUACUUACUGGCCAUAUAAUGUAAUGUCAGACUCAGAAAUUCUCUCUGUGUUGAGAGACUCUUUUUUUUUAAAUAAACAUUUAUUGGAAGAUAGUUUUCAUUUUAUUCCUGCCAUACUGCUGUAAGAUUAUUGUCAGAAAUCUUUAAAACAUGUUUGUAUUUUUAUUGAAGUGGAAAUCUAUGCUUUUUGGUAAUUUGUUUGUGGAUAAACUGUAUCUUCUGUCUUGCAAUAUUAUGAAAUCCAUAAUUUACUGAUACAGUACAUGUGUCACUAAAGGACUGAUAAUACACUGAGAAAUAUGUAAUUGUGAAAUAGUGACAUUUCAGCAGUGUAAUAGAUUCUUUAGUUCAGUGUAGUUGCUAAUUAUUUACUAAAUUAUUCUUGUCUACAUUAGUGACAGUUACAAAAACACUUUAAGCAUUAACUGUCAAACAUACUGAAUGUACCUUUUUGUUACUUCUUAUUCAUCAGAUGUAAUGAAAAAAAAAAAACUAAUAUUUGUUUCAAAUGAAAAAUCAUGCAUUGAAAAAAUUAGCACCUAGUUGCAAAAUGGUGGCUAACUUUACACAAGAACCAUGUAGAAGCCUCUUUAAACUGACAAAUGGAAGUAGCAGGUAGCACAAAUAUGCCAGCAGAUAUUUGUAGUUAUGUACUGUAUUCACUGUUGAGAUGAUUAUGUCUGGACAUUGAGCAGCAAACAAUCAUUAAAACUUUUUGUAGCAGCCUCAUAUGUACAAGUAAAUAUCAACAAAAACUGAUGUGACACAAUAACAAUGCUGAGUAGGUUUGUGUAAGUUUCAUCUCUUGUACCUUAAUUUCUGUUCCCAGUUGACAUAACAUUUAUGUCAAUUUUAUUGGUUCUUUGAAGACAUGCAUUAAGGUUGUUGCUGUCUAGAAUUUGAUUAAUUAAAGGAGUGAGAAGCUGAAUAAUAUACUGUCUACCUGAGGUGUGCUAUUCAAUUUUUUCCCGCCAACUUGAAUUUAAUAGUGUGGUUUUUACUUUGUAGAAUAUAUACUGAAGUAUAUUCCUUACAAAUGUAUUAUUUUUGACUUGGUAGAAAGCAUUUCUGUUUCACAGUUGUAUCUUGUAGAUACAAUCUGCUUCUUGUACUGAAACAGAAAAUUGAAUUUUCUUGAAAAGAAUGUUUAUAUAUUCACACAGAAGUUUUGAAUUUACUGUAAGAAUAACUUUAAUGAAUUGUGACCUUUUUUACGUACUGCUCCAAUCAAACAAAAGAAGAGACACAUUUGGUGAGCAUUAUUUUUAAAAUUACUGCUUUCCACUGAAUUGAGAAUUAUGUCUACAUUAAAAUUUUUAAAGAGUAUGAGUUUUUUCUGUGAAAAAUAGAUCUUGGAUAAUAUGAAAGAUCAAAUAAAUUAUAUGAACAUGUCCAUUAGAAAUGUAAUUUAUUAGUUUUCCCUGCAGUAGCAUCUAACAGCGCCCUGCCU